AUGGCUCUCUUUGCCGAUCUUCAUGUCAUGCAGCUAAGCCCAGAAGUUGAUGCGAAGAAGGAAAAUAGCAGUGGACAUGGAAAGGAUGCACUCCCAGUCACUAAAACUCUUCUCAAGGAGUAUGCAGAUAAGAAACAAAAAAAGGCCACUGGUACUUGCAUCUCAACCAAGUCCAAGGUCAAUGACAUCACUCAAACCCUCAAGGCCAUAGAAAAUGAGCUCAAUAGUCUUAAUUGUCGCACUGGUGCAGAAGUCAUGUUGUACAUGACACGUGGCUCUACUGAUCUUCCUCUUUGA